AUGGACUCGAAUACGAAUGUGCAUGUAUCCCUUUGUGAUGACGAACGGGGCUCGCUGCAAGUUCUCAAUGCGCUGCUCAAAGGCAAGCCAUCGAAGCAGGCACGUAAGCAAAAGACAAAGAAGAACCUGGACGCAUUUAUUCGCACAGUCGCAAAGACACCAGGAACGGCGGGCAAGGUGGAGAAGGUCGAGAAGCCAAAAAAGCGGUAUGACCCACAGGUGCGCCGCGAGAACAAGAAGCGGACAAAUAUGCAAAAGCUGGUAGUCUCAGACGAGUUUUCGCAAAAGACUCGGGCGCUGCAGGACGAGAUCGUCGAACUGAUGCGCGCACAGAGCGAGCAUCGGGCGCCCAAGAUGAAGAAGCGCAAGCCGCGGUUCUUUGACUUUGAGGACGAGGAGUAA